AUGGAGGCUUUUUAAUUAAAAUUAUAACGAAUGAAAAAUUACAAAUAACAACUUUUAUCCUUAUUGUAAAAACCAAUUGCUAAUCCUCAAUUCAGAUAGAUAUUUCUUGAAUGCGAUCAAUAUUAAAUGAUUGUUUAAGUCUUAAUAGAUGCUAAAUCAGAUAAGAUUGGAGUAGUUAAAGAAUAAUUAAAAUUAUUUGGAUUAUUAGCGGAAUGUGCAAAUGAAAACUUAAGUCCUUAAUUACCAAUCAUAUUCAAUCAUUUAUUAAAGAGAAUAAAAGACUUUGAAUCAAUGAGUUGUGUUUGUACAUAAGUGGCUGAAAUUAUUGGAAAAAUAGUCAAACAUUGUUGUUUUGAUGGAGAUGUAUUAAAUAGUAUAUUGAAACCAUUAAUGAAUCAUUUAAAUUAGAAUGCAUAACAUUCAUUAUGUUUAACUAGAGUUGUCUAAUUUUUAUCAUUAGAAAUCUUAGAAUAAAAUGCAUUGUUUCUAUUUAGAAAAUUCAUCUCAUUGUUGAAUCAAUAAAAUGGAAAAGUAGAAAUCUUAGAAGGCAUGGCUGCUAUCAUCUUAAGUGUAGAAGAAUAAUCAGAGUAAGAAUAUCAAUCUAUUUUUAGUAUCUUUGCUGAUGAAAUUAUACCACAUUUAUCAUUCUUAUUGUAAAAUUAAUUAUGGUAAGUCAAAAAAAUGGCAUUAGAUAUACUCUAUUCUCUUGUUGUCUUAUAAAAAGAUAAAAUUUAAGAACAUUCUUACUUUAAAGAAUUAAUGUAUGAAUUAAAAUCAAAUAAAGUAAUUAUUAUCAUUAAAUUUAUUAGAUUAAAUAAGUAAGAGAUUCAGCAAAUUUAAUUUUAGAUGUAUUAUAAUAAAAUAACAAUAAUUAAUAAUAAUCAUAAUAAUAAAUAUCAUAAUAAUAAUAAUUAUCAUAAUAAUAAUAAUAAUAAUAAUAAUAAUAAUAAUAAUAAUAAUAAUAAUAAUAAUAAUAAUAAUAAGAUAAAUAAGUUACCUCUGUUGAAAGAUAAAAUAAUUAUGGAUAUUAAAUUAAAUCAUCAUCCUAACCUUAAUUACAUAUUUCUACAUCUCAUAAAUAAUAAUAAUCAAAUUCUGCUUUACCAUAAUAACCUUAAACCCCUUCAUAACAAUAAAUUAAUAGAUUAUCUUAAACACCUGUUUAAACUAAUAAAAUUAGCACUGAUGAGAAACUCUAGUUAGCUAUAGAUGCAAUAUAAUUAUUGAGUGGUAUAUUGAAAUCUAAAGGGUUAUGUGAUUCUACAGAAUCUUAAUAAAUAGAUUCGAUUUUGAGUAAAUUGAAUGAAAGAGAUAGUUAUAAAUAACCAACUAUGAAAUUCCCUUCAUAAUUCACAGAUACUGAAACCUUUAUAAGUAAAGAAGCUGCUGAAAUCUUGAGAGAAUUCAAAGAGAAACAAAAAUCAGAAUAUUUAAGAUGA